AUCAUCAUAUAAAUAACAAAAUAAUUACAUUAGCAAAGUAUUUUCAAAAUAAUUUUAAACUGUUUGCAAUACAAACUACGAAAACCAAUCUGCGCUGUACAAUUUUUGCCUGAAAAAUAAGCAGAGAAUCUAAAAUUUUACUAAAAUUAUUGAGUUGAGUUAGUACCGGCAGCCAAAUGCCGUAGAAACACGUUGGCAAGGUGAGAACUAUUGGCCCUGCAGUUUGUUGUUAUCAAAUAACUGUUCAAAGUCAACACCUUUGUUUGGAAAAGCUGGACGAAAUUCAAGGCUUUCCAAAAUGCUUUACUGACAUGGCGGAGGGCUGUGAGGAAACAGAGAGCCAGCCAAGCAACCGUAAAGCCGAUAACGCGCCGACCAUGCUCGGCACUGUUCUGCCAUGCGAAGCCACCAUUACAGCCGCCUCACUCGGUGCUACCUCGAACGCCGGUGGCGGGAUUGUUAUUAAGCGCGAACCGACGACCAACUCCAGCGCCUACGUGGACGCUAGCGUACAUCAUUUGAGCAACAGCAUUUCGGCCACAGUCAGCCUAACCAGCACCGGUACGCACAGCCUCGACGUCGGUACACCACCGCCGUCCACAACGCCAAUAGUCACACAUUUAUUGGCUAUCUCACCAAACGGCUGCCGACCGACAACACCAGCGCUACAACAACAGCAACAACGCACGCCGACACCCAUAACGGGCAUACGCGGCACAGGUGCAACUGCGUCAACAGCGGGAGCGGCCUGUUCCUCCUCAUCGUCGUCGUCAUCGUCCUCAUCUUCCAAUUCAUCUAUGACUUCAUCCACUUCGUCCUCAUCAUCGACGGCCUCGUCUUCGACGACAGCGGCCGUCGCGCCCAACUCGAAUGCCAACAAAUCGCCUUGCAGCAUAGCGGGUUCACCGUAUUCCACAUCGGCGGUCGCAUCUUCGGUGCGCGGCGGUAUCUCGCCAACAUCGCCGCCGCUCUCCUCCGUGGCGCCCGGCACACCCAUCGGUUUGGAGGCCAGCAACGGUAGCUGUGGGUCGACUGCUGCUAACGGUAUUGUUGUGGCAGGUAGUGGGUUGACGGUAGCGCCAGCUGCUGCAACGCCCAUGACGACUUCAGACACGCUGGCGAAUGCCAUGUCGCCGAUUACAGCGGCGCAACACCAACGUACACCUUCGCCAAGCGCUGAGCCGACGUCGUUGCUGCCACAUGUAGCACUGAACAUCAAAACUGAAUCGGACUAUGAAAAGGAUAUCACCAGCCACAAGCUCAACUCACCGCUUAGCAAUCACAGUCUGCAUGAGCUGCACAAUCAGAACUCUUACGAGAAGGAUCACGUCAAAGAGCUGGAAUUUUAUCAAAGCUUAGCCAAGGCGGCCUCACUGGCCAAUCACAAUGACGCACAUUCGAGGCAUUCGCAUGAUUCACACGAGCUGUCACCGCCCACUUCGCCGCAACCAAUGCAAAUCGACACCGAUGUGGGUGAGGAUUGCGAUGCGCGCGAUCAUCUCAAUCCCCUGUCCGACGCGGAGGAACAAGAGCAGCAGGCGAAGGCGUCCGCUUCGGCUUUGGCGGUGGCAGCAGCGGCAGCGCAGGCGCAUCUGAACGGAACUAUGCAAGACAUGAUAAAUUUACAAAAAUUACAAAAUUUAGCCACGCUCCAGCAGCAGCAGCAACAACAACAGCAGCAACACCAUCACCUGCAACAUUCCAGCGGCGGCAAUGGCAUACACCAGCAUCACCACCACCACCACACACAACUUCCACACUUACAUACGCCACCUGGCGGCUCAUCCACACCGGUGAGCGUGGCACCAAGUGUCACACCGGCCACAGCAGCAGCAUUAGCAAGUCUUCAGGGAUUAGCGGCUGGUAUCAGCGCCUCAGCUGCAGCGGCGGCAGCGCUCAACUCACCACUCAAUCUGACUGUGGGCGCCGGUGCCGGUGGCAGCGCUGGCAUUAGUGCUUGUCUGCCACCAAUUGGCGCCACUGGUCCACACAGCGCACCCUGCUCCCCCACGGCGCUAUCCGCCUCGAAUGUAUUGGCUGCAGCUGCAGCCGCCGCCGCGGCUUCUAACAAUAAUAAUAAUAAUAAAGUCAUGUCACAUGCUGGCGUCUGUGGUAGUGGCCAGGACAACGGUGACGGCACAUCGCCCAACUCGAACUCGGUGCAGGCACAGACGAUGGCUCAGAACACUUUGGCAAAUGUGUUGAAUUCAGCGGCAGCGGCCGCGGCAGCUGCAGCAGCAGCUGGGGCAGCGGCCACCGCCUCACCGCCGCCCGCGCUGCCGACACCGGCGACAAGCGCCCAAAUGCCGCAACUGAUACUCGCAUCCGGGCAACUGGUGCAGGGCGUGCAAGGGGCGCAGCUGCUCAUUCCAACGGCGCAGGGUAUAGCCGUACAGACCAUUCUGACCAUACCAGUGAGUCCGCAGAUCAACACCAAUGAGCAAUUCUUGCAAAACUUCGGCGCCUUUGCAUCAUUCCAGCAGCAACAGCAGCAACAACAAGCACUCUUGCCACCUCCUUUGCCACCAGCGCUCGCUGCCUUGCAACACGCUUCAACGCUGCCUCAGCUCGCGCAAACCCAGACGAAUUUACUCAAACCCAACCUGUUCUCGAGCAGCGUGCAACAGCUGUUAGCCGCCUUGCAUCCGGAAUUGUUUGCCGCGGCCGCCGCUAAUCAUCACCUGCACGCCUCGUCGCAAGCCUCACAUCAUGCCAUGCAUCAUGCGCAGCAACAACGCAGUGACCAACAAUCGGCGGCGCCACCACCGCACCUUGCCCAUCUGCCACCACCGCCGCAUCAUCACCUAGCCACACAUUCGCACACGCUGUCGGGUGAUUUGCAUUUAGCUGCCGCAGCAGCCGCGGCAGCAGCGCGUAACAGUGAAAGUGCACAUUCUCCACCGAGUUCACCCCCGCCGCACAGCAUCGGCGGCGGAGCUGAACGCACGGUCAACAGCAGUGCGUCGUCAAGUACAAAAGCCGCCGCGGCGGCAGCGGCAGCAGCAGCCGCUUUUCAUCUUCAACAGCAAUUACACAUUAAGCAAGAAACCUCUCCGCGUCAUCAUCAUCACGCAUUGCACACACAUACACACCAUAGCGGCGCACAUCACCACUCACUGCGACACACAGUGGAUGAGCUCGCCUCACCAAACCGGGAAAUUGGAAAGUCGGCUAACACAAGCUCUUCGGUUACAUCGAUGCAUAUGCCACCGGAUGUGAGCGCAUCUCCACCGCCUGGACUUAGUGCACACCAUCAUCACUUUCAUCAUCGCAGCAAUGUGUUGGGAAGUGGUCACCAGACGAGCUCGACACCAUCGCCACGUCCAAACUCGUCCACGUCGACGUGUACGAUGACGUUGCGGGACCGUGAUAGGGAUAGGGAGCGAGAGCGGGAAAGAGAACGUGACCGUGAACGCGAUAGGGAGCGAGAGCGGGAACGUGAACGCGCUGAACGCACGGAAACACAUCACAAACGCAGUCCUACAUGUGGCAGUGGCUCGCUAAACAACGGGCCCAACGCUAUCGCGUGCAGUGGCAUGAAUCUCAGCCAUCAUUCCAACAAACGUGAAAGGGAACGUGAGCGCGAGCAUUUGAGACGUUCAUCUUCACCUACACUCGGCUCGACAUGCAACUCAACACAAUUGCCGGUGAGCGGUCGCAACGCAUCCUCCGUGGCAAGUUCGUUGUGCGCUUCCAAUACCAACUCAGCCUCAAUCAAUGCAUCAGCGUCAGCAACAUCCGCCUCAGUAUCCGCAACUGGCAAUCAACAUCACCAACAUGGGCAUCACUCACACCAACAUCACCAAAGCCAUCAUCAGGCACACCACAGUCUACACCAUCAUCCGCAUACGCUGUCGUCAGGCGUCACAACAAGUUCGGCUUCCGUCUCAUCGGCCGGCGGCGUAUUGUCGUCUUCGACAUCGACGACUUCCAACGAAAGAGGCUAUUCAUCUCCCUUGCGCGGCACUGCUGGUCAAUUGUUCCGCACCCACUCACCGUCACCGUCAUCAUCCGCAGCGGUAGCAGCCAUCACGCACUUGCAUCAUCAUCAACAUCAACAACAGCAGCAGCAGCAGCAACAACAACAGCACGGCCAACAUGCACACAAUAUGAGCUCACCGCAUGAGCGUGAUUUUCUAGGAAAUGGCGGCGGAAUGAGGGCAUCUCCACUGGGUAUUGGCAUUAGUGGCGGCGGGGCAGCGGUUGGCAUGGGCAGUGGACAAUCUUCAGCGACCAGCAUGCUCAACAGCAUUAAUAGACUCUCCGCCUCGGCAAAUGGUGAAUUGACCAUCACAAAGUCGCUGGGUCCGCCAUCAGCGACCGCGAUACGUGCAUCCUCUGCCUCGCCCACCUCGCCGGGUCUCGGUUCGUCGUCGCUUGGCAUAAAUACCUCAUCCGCGUCGCAUCUGGUGCAUCACCCGCACCAUGGCAUGCACUCGAUGAAACUCAGCCCGACAACCAGUUCGUCAAUGCAACGUGAACGCGACCGCGAACGCGAGCGAGAUAGAGAAAGAGAGCGAGACCGUGAAAGAGAACGCGAACGUGAACGGGAUCGUAUUAGUGGCAGUGGCCUUGGAGAACCGACUUCUCAGCUCUCUCCUAAUGGCACGGACGGUUCGAGCGGUGCGCACGAUCUUCUAAUGGAUUCACCGAAUGAGCCCACCAUCAACCAGGCAACCACCAAUGUGGUUGAGGGCAUCGAUUUGGAUGAGAUUAAGGAAUUUGCCAAAGCGUUCAAGUUGCGACGUCUCUCAUUGGGUCUCACGCAAACACAAGUGGGACAGGCGUUAUCGGUGACCGAGGGACCCGCCUACAGUCAGAGCGCCAUAUGCAGUGCACUCGCCGCACAGAUGUACGCCGCCCAAUUGUCGUCGCAGCAGCAGAACAUGUUUGAGAAGUUGGACAUAACGCCAAAGAGCGCGCAAAAAAUCAAGCCAGUCUUAGAGCGCUGGAUGAAAGAGGCCGAAGAGAGUCACUGGAAUCGUUACAAAUCUGGCCAGAAUCAUUUAACCGACUACAUAGGCGUGGAGCCGUCGAAGAAACGCAAGCGACGCACCUCAUUCACGCCACAAGCUCUGGAGCUGCUGAACGCACACUUCGAGCGCAACACACAUCCAUCGGGCACCGAAAUCACCGGCCUGGCGCACCAAUUAGGCUAUGAGCGCGAGGUGAUACGCAUCUGGUUUUGCAACAAGCGCCAGGCGCUGAAGAACACCGUACGCAUGAUGUCCAAAGGCAUGGUGUAGGAGGGCAUGCCCUACGACCACUUUCCGAGCACAUUCUGAAUGUGUGCGAAAGGCGUAGGUGGAAACCCGAAAUCGUUGGAGCAGCAGCGCUGUUAAAGUGACUCGCUUGAAAACCGUUUCACUGCGGACACAAAAAUCGUGUGGCAUUCGUUUAAGCACAACACUGCUGCCUAAACUGUAAAUUAAUUUAGCAUUUAUUCCGAUUUGCCUCAGCAGCAUGCAAGUAAUCAUUAGUUAUGCAUUCAAUAUAUAUAAUUUUGUAAAGUAAUUACAUAACUUACGCACGGCAACACUCAAUACUCUAAGUUUUACUAAACUUAUGUAACAGCACGCGCUAAUAGUGUCAAGACAAGUCUCCUUCAGGGCCAAAAAGGUCCAAGUGCUUACUGUACAGCCCAUUUUUAUAGCUACGAAGUUAUGUUUGACUUAAGCUAAAAUAAAUUAAGCAAGUGUAUCCACACUUUCCUCCUACCAAGUCGCAACAGCAUGUCAUAAAAGUUUAGAUACCGAGCGUUGUAUAUUUCCAAAAGUAUUUAUUUGAAUUGUGAAAGCAAAAGUAAACA